AUGCACACUAGAAUUCACUCUGGUAAGAAGCCAUAUUCCUGUCCUGAAUGUGGAGAAAGAUUUCAUGUCAAGAGCAGUCUUAACAGCCAUGUGAAUUCUCACAAUGCAAGAAAGCCGUAUUGCUGUUCUCACUGUAGAAUACAAUUUGUGCAAAGCAGCCAUUUGGAAAACCACAAGAGAGUUCACUCAAAAGAGAAACCCUAUUGCUGUUCUGAAUGUGGAAAACAAUUUGCUCAAAAGGGUACUCUCCAGACCCAUACAAUAAUUCAUACAGGAGAGAUGCCAUUUUGCUGCUAUGAAUGUGGCAAACGAUUCUUCGAAAAGAGCGGUCUUAACUUUCAUAUGAGAAAUCACACAGGAGAAAAGCCAUAUUGCUGUUCUGAAUGUGGAAAGUGA